AUGCCGCUUCUUCCCGUUGCCGUCUAUGGCCUUGAGGUCCCUUGCGGAGGCAUGCCUAUCCAGGCUGUCCCCGAUUUCCCGGCCACUCUAAUUGAGAAAAAGUUCCGCAUUACUAUGGCCGCUAUCGACCCCAACGCUGAGCCCCAAAUCCCUGAUGAGCUGAAGGGCGUCCCUCCUCGCGCUACCCUCAAGCUCAUUCGUGAGCCUAUCGCUGGCGAUGAGAGCGAUGAUGAGGAUGACAGCAUUGACGCCAUUCGCGCUCGCCUGGGCCUUCCUGAUGAGGAGGAUGAAAGCGAGGAGUCUGAUGAUGAGGACAAGAACGGCGGUCCUAGCGAUCCCGCCAAGUCCAAGAAGGCCCGCAAGGAGGCCGCCAUGAAGCAGAUCAUGGAUGAGCUUGAGGCUGCCGAAGACAUGGAGGUUGAUGAGAAGCCCAAGAAGAACAAGGGCAAGACCCCUGCCGCCGACGACGAGGAGAGCGAGGAGGACUCUGAGGAUGAGGAUGACGACGAGAUGGAAAUGGAGGAAUUUGUCAUCUGCACUCUUGAUCCCCAGAAGACCUACCAGCAGCCUCUGGACAUCACCAUCGGUGAGAACGAGCAGGUAUACUUCCAGGUCACUGGUGCCUACGACAUCUCGCUUACCGGCAACUACGUCAUCCCUGACCACACUCACCACGGCGAGGACGACGAGGACAGCGAGGAUGAGGAGUACGACCUCUCUCCCGAUGAGGAUGAGCUUGACGAGGAGUAUGACAGUGAUGAGGAGGAGGAUGAGCUGGAUGGUCUUGAGAACCCCAGGAUUACUGAGCUUGGCUCCGACGAUGAGGAGCCUCCCAAGCUCGUCGAUGCCAAGAAGGGCAAGAACAAGCGCUCGGCCGCCGAGGCUGAGAGCCUGGAUGACCUGAUCAGCAAGGAGAGCGCCACUGGCGAGAAGCUCAGCAAGAAGCAGCUGAAGAAGCUGAAGAACAAUGAGGGCAAGGCCAUCGCUGCUGAGGCUAAGGAGAGCCCGGCUGACAAGAAGAAGGUUCAGUUCGCGAAGAACCUUGAGCAGGGCCCCACCGGCUCCCCUCUCCCCAAGAAGGACGAGAAGAAGGAGAGCAAGGGUGCUCUCGGCGUCAAGGUUGUCAACGGUGUCACCAUUGACGACAAGAAGCAGGGUUCUGGCCCCGCUGCGAAAAAGGGUGACAGGAUCGGCAUGCGCUACAUUGGGAAGCUGCAGAACGGCAAGGUCUUUGACUCCAACAAGAAGGGCAAGCCUUUCUCCUUCAAGCUGGGCACCGGCGAGGUCAUCAAGGGCUGGGACAUUGGUGUCGCUGGCAUGAGCGUCGGCGGCGAGCGCCGCAUCACCAUUCCCGCCCACCUUGCCUACGGCAAGCAGGCGCUCCCUGGCAUCCCGGCCAACUCGACCCUUCUCUUCGACAUCAAGAUGGUCUCGAUCAACUAA